AUGUCGGACACCCAGCAAACGAGCGAGCUCUCCCAAAUCGCCAUCCCCACGCUCCCCUCGUUGGCGCCCGAGCUCCCCAAGCAAAACGGCUUGUGGUCGUCCAACCCAGUGUUCUCCUACUUGAACGAUGUCUACAUCAACAUCGCCGAGCACCGCAAGUCGUUAGGGUUGACCAACCCCGGCACCAUCGAGAACCUCACCAAGGAGGUCAACCGCGACGUGUUUUUGAGCCAGUACUUCUUCACCGGGUUGCGCGCGGACUUGAACAAGGCGUUCUCCUUGGACCCGGCUUUCCAGACCUCGCACACCUUGUCCAUGGGCUCCAACGUGUUGCCGCCCUACGCCUUCAGCGCGUUGUACGCCCGCGAGAACUUCUUUGUGCAGGGCAAUGUGGACAACGACUUCUCUUUCAGCGGCAAGGUCAACUACGGCUGGGACGCGCACAACAUCCUGAAGCUCACGUUGCAGAUUGCGCACGGCCAGCCGGUCAUGUGCCAGUUGGAGCAGGACUACCAGGCCAACGACUUCUCGGUGAACGUGAAAUCGUUGAACCCCUCGUUGUCGAACGGCGGCUUCUCGGGCGUAGCCGUGGCCUCGUUGUUGCAGUCCUUGACCCCCAAGUUCGCCGUGGGCUUGGAGGCCAUGUACUCGAGACAGGCCAUGUCUCUUCCCCCCGACUCGGCGGUCAGCUACUUUGGCCGCUACAACGCGGGCAAGUGGAUCGCCACCGCACAGGUCCAGGCCCAAGGUGCGUUGGUCGGAACGUUCUGGAGAAAGGUCAGCGACAGAGUGGAGGCCGGUUUGGAGACGCAGUUGAUGGCCUCCGUAAGACCCAUCACCGACUCCUUGAUGGGCACGCCCAUCGGGUAUGAGCCUGUUGUGGAGGGCCAGACCACCAUCGGCGCCAAGUACGAGUACCGCCAGUCUGUGUUCAGAGGCCAGUUAGACACGCUCGGCAAGGUCGGCGUGUUCAUGGAGAAGCGCGUGUUGCCCACGGUGUCCAUCUUGUUCUCCGGCGAGAUCGACCACCGCAAAAACGCGUCCAAGUUGGGUGUCGGCUUGCAGUUCGAGUCCGCCGGCAACGAGCAGUUGAUGUUGAUGCAGCAAGGCUUGGUCGACGCCAACGGCAACCCAGUCCCCGGCGCCCCUCAGUUGUAG